GCCAAUCUCCCGGAAACAAUCUCAGCCUCCACUAUAGCAACAGUCUCGGAGCGUUUUACACUAUUUCGGACUGCACAUCAAAACAUCACAGGAAAACAACGCGUUACGGCCAACGAAAGGAAUCGUCACUGUAAUCUAAAUUCAUUUGACACGCACACAAUUGCCCGCGGACCUGCAGACGGCCCGAGCGCAGAGGAUGGCGAAUUACCGGGCGUUUCACACCCAACUCGCGACCAUCAUGGAGACGCUGACGCGCGCGGCGGUGGCGGAGAUCUGCGAGCUGGUGGACGACGGCUACGCCGUUUUACACCUCGAGAUCUCGCGCCACCAGAAGGAAAACGAGGAGCUCCGACGGAAACUCCAGCUCAUAGAGUCUAUCGUUGCGGCGCGGGGGUUCUGUGACGAGAACGCAUCACCUCGCGACGCUCGGUGUGACAGCAACGCUCGCGAAGCGCCAGUGAGCAGAAAAACGUCCGGGGUAGAAUCCACCAGCCGGGGGGCUUCAGCGGAGUCUCGCGAGGAAGGAGACCUGAUUCAGAUCAAACAGGAAGGUCUAGAGCAGACACCCCUCGGAGAUGAAGACGAUGAUGAUGAUGACGGUGAAAGUGUCUCUGCAGUAACUCACGACUCUCCCAAACCAGAAGUGUCUGAAAUUUCAGGGCAGGAUUGUAAACACAUGCUUACACACUCCCCCAUGCAUGACCCACACUGUCACACACUUUUACACUCCCCUGAGCAAGACUCUCACUCUCAUACACUAACAUUUGCAGACACACACUCAGGUGCCGACGAGUCCCAGCACUCCAGUGUCGAUUUGACGGUUUCGGAUGAUGCUUCCUUCUCCCUCUCGCAAACCGUGUCGGAGACACAUGCCUCCCAUCUUCGAGUAUUUCAGGAAGAUUUGUGCGUGAAGCCAAAUCUGGAUCUGGUCUCCGACUGGGCCGCUCACUCUGUCCGUAACACACUCGCGCAUUCACAGACCUCUCCGCAGGGGCUCGGUGGGUCAGAUCCUCUUGUAUCCCAUGGAUCCUCUUUGUUUGCUGCACAGAGGCUGGUUGCCCUGGGGCACGUCCCAGGACUGGGUCUCUACGGGCGACUGGGCACUUUGCGGGUAGGCGGAGCCAACAAGAGACACUUCAUCUGCUCGAUUUGUGGGAGGAGUUUCACAACGUCGCAGAGUUUGGACACACACAUGCGCAUUCACACGGGGGAGCGGCCGUAUCGCUGUGAGCAGUGCGGGAAGCGUUUUACUCAAUCUGGCCAUCUCACGGCUCACCAGACUGUCCAUACAGGGGAGAGACCGUACGAGUGCACACGCUGUGGGAAACGGUUCGCAGGAAAGCAGUACCUGCGCAUACACACCAAAAAACACCAUCCUGACUUACACACACUCUCACAUGUAGCAUCACACACUCAGUAAGAAUCACUGCCUUGACUUUUACACAAACAGAGGGAAUGCAGGAUGCCAUAUUUGUCUAUUUACUUUUUUUCAUAUUUAUAUAAACAUAAGUUGUUGGUGGGGGUGUCAUGCAGCUGACUGAAUCUUUCAAAUGUUUUGUUUUACGACAUGAAACACAACAACCUGAGAAGCUUUCUGUGAGAUUCUUUCUGUAAAAUAUUUACUAAAACCUGCUUAUGGAAGCCAAUAAAUGUGGGUUAAAACAUCUAUGUGAGCCAAAACUCACAUUAAACGGAUGGUUCACCCAAAAAGAAAAAUUACUUAAUCAUUUACUAAACCUCGUGUAAUUACAAACCUGUAAGACUUACUUUCUUCUGCUGAACACAAAAGAUAUUCUGAAGAAUGUGGUAACCAAACAACACUAGCCCUCACUGACUUCCAUUUUAUGGACUCAAAACCACUGAGACAUUUCUCAAAAUCUAUUCUUUUGUGUUCUGCAGAUGAAAAGAGUCAUGUUCAAGUUUUGAUUGAAAUGGCGGUGAAUAGAUGACAAAAUGUUAAUUUUGGGGUGAAUUAUCACUUAAAGGCCCGGUUUCACAGACAGGGUUUAGUUUAAACCCGGACUAACCCUUAGUGAAAUUAGGGUAUUUAAACUACUUUUAUAAAAAUGCCUUAGUAAAAAACAUUACUGGUGUGCAUCCUGCGACAAAACAAUGGCGCUGACAUACUUUAAGAUGUUUAAAGGGGAGUUAUUUUCAGUUAAGACUGCUCAAACUUUCAUUUUAGUCUGGGAUUAGCCUUAAACCUUGUCUGUGAAACCGGGCAUAAGACUCCUAAGGGCACGUGCACAGACGUCAACUCGACAUGUUCAACAAGAAAUAUGCGAUUGCACAUAAAGAUGUACUUGAUGUACAGGAUAAUGUGUGGUUAUUUUAAUGAGUUAAGUGUAAUCUAAAUUAGAUGUAAUUAGAUUUUACAUUUAUAUUUGCCGUUAUAGGAGAAACACUAACUCUGUCAGUUUUAUUUAACAAGAAUAAAAAUGUUGGACAAAACA